CAUAAAUUAUUUUACUAUAAUAUUAUUACUAAUCAGGUAACAUAGUAUAUGCUCAGAUCCAUAAUAACUGUAUUAAAAUACGUAAUUAUUUUGAUAGAGUUAAUAUGUGAUAUAAAAAGAACAUCGAAAAUAAUAUCUUCUAAUUAAUAUGAACUGUUUUAGUUAAUAUGAAACUGAAACUUUUCUAGAAUUUUUCUUCGAUCUUAUAAUAUAUGGGAUGCAUUAAAUAAUAUUUUGUGUUAAAUCAUAUUUUCGCAUUAUUAAAUUGUCAUUCAAAUAGAAAGAAAUCUCAAUAAAUAAAAUGUAAAAUAUUUAUGAUAUGUUACAUGUUAUUAUUACCUGAAAAUUAUUAGUGUAAUUCUCCUUAUAUCAUUAGUUUACAUUUUAAACAAGCAAACGAAUAAAAAGGUAAAGAAGCAAAAUAAUAUAAUUCCGAGAAAAGAUUUUUAGCGCGAAAUUUAUUAGAAAGAUGGCGGUAAUGGAAUACGCAUUGUGGCGGCCUCGUUGCGACUGUUACGCCUUCUAUGGAAAGCACAUAAAGACAAUAAACACGCUACGAAGCCACAAAAGAAGCCGGCAACAAAAGAAGACUGAAAAAAUCAUCCAUCAUGAAAUCAUAUCCAAAGCUGCCAAAGUUAAUUAUUGGUUAAACUACUGUGUACCUGAUAAAGGUGGACAAAUUUUAAGACUAGCUGUAUCUUUGAGUGCACUUUAUGGAAUACCUAUUGAGAUUAAUAAUAUAAGAGCAGGCCGAUCUACACCUGGAUUAGCAAGGCAACAUUUAAAAGGAAUAGAAUUAGUGAAAGAUAUGUGUAAUGCAGAAGUUUCUGGAGCAUAUUUAGGAUCAACACAUUUAAAGUUCUAUCCAAGAUCAUUACAUAGAUAUGCAACUGAAUUUGAAGCUGAUCUGCCGACAAAUGGCUCUAUAUGUUUGUUGGCACAAAUUGCAUUACCAUGUGUUCUAUUUCUACCACAAAAAUCUGAUAUUCUAUUAAUUCUUAAAGGAGGCACAAAUGUUACUAUGGCACCUCAUAUAGAAUAUCUUACAGAAGUAAUUAGGCCCAUAUUGAAUAAAUUUGGAGCAGAUUUUGAUUUUAUUAUUUUAAAAAGGGGUUAUUAUCCAGACGGAGUAGGUACAGUGCAUUUACGUAUAACACCAAUAAGAAACUUGAAUGCAGUUAACAUAACUGAUCUUGGUAUACUUCGUGAAAUAUCAGGCUGGGCUUAUGUAACUGGAUAUAUAAGUAUACAUGAAGCAGAAAAAAUAGCUAUUGAUGCUAAAACUUUCUUAAAUUUUAAACUAACAAAAAAUAAUGUUGAAGUUCCUCCUAUCAAUAUUGAAUCUUCCAAAGAACACAGACAAACAUAUGGAUCUGGUAUUAAUAUAGUUUGCUCAACAACAACAGGCUGUAUAUUUGGUGGUUCUGGUAUGACACUGAAAAUAAGACAUAUGGUAAAACCAGGUAUAUUUGCAGCUAAUGAAGUUUUAGAACCGUUCCUAAAUGGAGCAUGCGUAGAUUAUUAUGCUCAAGAUCAAAUAAUAAUUUUUAUGGCAUUGGCGAAAGGAAUUUCAAGGGUUAAAAUAGGAAACAAGAUUACUUCUCAUACUAAGACUGCCAUGAAAAUUGCAGAAAUAAUGUUAGGCAACCGUGGACUUCGUUUUCAUUUAUUAGAAAGUGGAAGAGUAGGAAAUUCACCUUCCUAUAUUUUAGAAUGUGAAGGAUGCGGAUUGAUCAAUAAUUUCACAGAAUAACAUUAAAAAUAUAUUACGAUAGUAAUUCGUGUUAAAUAUUUAAAAUAAAUGUAUAGUUUGUAAAUUCUUAAUAUUAUUCUUGUUUUUGUCUAAAAAAUGGUUCUAUAGCUCGUAAAACUUCUAAUUCGAAUAAUUCACUAGAAAAUCGACUAACAGAUGCUCUGAAAAAAAGACAUUAAAAUUAAAUACAAAAUGUAAUAUAACAAUU